ACCAUGCUUGCUUACACAAACAACAACAAAACGAAUUGUUGACGUUAGCAACGGCAGGUGAAUAAAUUGACAUAUGCAACACGUGUUGUGAUUUAAUAAUUAGUGAACUAAUUGAUCAGAAACCUGUCAUCACCUUAUUAAUUUAUUGCAUAUAAAAUGAUAUACGUUCUAAAAAAUAAUUCACGAAUAAUUUAUUUAAAUGGCUUUCACUAGACUAAUGCGAAGACGACGAACCGCUAUUUUAAAACUAAUUGCACUUUUAGCGGCUAUAAGUUGUGCAUGUUAUUGGCUUUAUAAACUAAAAAUUGAAAAUAUUACACAAUCUCCAACGAAUCAUGAACAUUCUAGUUAUUAUUCCACUUCUGUGAAAUUCGUGCCAACAUUUGGCAGACCUGUAAGACAUACGCACAAAAAUAUCUCAACUUCUUCAGUAGUUUUACCGAAACUUACAACAUCCAGUUUCCGAAAUCCAGCUUUGCUUCAUAAAUUACAAGCCAAGGCGCCUAUCCAAAAUCGAAAUAAAAAGAAUAAAUCGGCUAAUUUUCAAGACCAAAAUCAAAAUGACGGGCAUUUACGUUAUAGUAUACCUGAAAUGAAAGUGACUCCUGGACUUGGGGAGAGGGGUGAACCCAUUCACCUGUCCCCUGAAGAGGAAAAACUGGCUGAUGCCCGUUUCUCAGAAGCUGCUUUUAACGUUUAUUUAAGUGAAAGAAUUGCAUUAAAUAGAAGUGUUCCUGAUCCAAGGAAUCCAAAGUGCCAAUAUGAGACUUAUGACAAAGUACUUCCUACUGCAAGUGUUGUAAUAAUUUUUACCAAUGAGGUGUGGUCUGCUCUACUCAGAACAAUUCACAGCGUCAUUAAUCGUUCUCCGCCCCAUCUUUUACAUGAAAUUAUUUUAGUUGAUGACUUUAGUGAUAAAGAUGAAUUGAAAUAUUCUUUACAAAAAUACAUUAGUAAAGAAUUCAAGCCCAAUUUAAUAAAAUUAAUCCGCUUUAAUGAACGAAAAGGCCUGAUUCGUGCUAGACUGGCUGGUGCUAAGCUUGCAACUGGAGAUGUGCUGAUUUUUUUGGAUUCUCACUGUGAAGCAAAUGUACAAUGGUUGGAGCCUCUCCUUCAAAGAAUAAAAGAUAAACGAGAUGCUGUUUUGUGUCCAAUCAUUGAUGUUAUUGAUGAUAAGACUUUUGAGUACUAUGCAACGAAUUUGGAGUAUUUUCAAAUAGGAGGUUUUACUUGGAAUGGUCACUUCACAUGGAUUGAAAUACCUGAUAGAGAAGAGAGGCGUAAAAAGUCUGAUGUUGAACCAACUAGAACACCUACAAUGGCUGGAGGUCUAUUUGCAGUUGAACGCAAUUAUUUUUGGGAAAUAGGAAGUUAUGAUCCAGGAAUGGAAAUUUGGGGAGGAGAAAAUCUUGAAAUGUCUUUUAGAGUUUGGAUGUGUGGGGGGACUCUUGAAAUCGUGCCUUGUUCUCAUGUUGGUCAUAUCUUUAGAGGUUUUCAUCCUUACAAAUUCCCAGGAAAUAAAGAUACUCAUGGAAUAAAUACAGUUCGAACAGUUGAGGUUUGGAUGGAUGAUUACAAGAAAUAUUUUUACUUCCAUCGUCCAGAUCUAAGAGAGAUUGACUAUGGUGACAUAUCUCAUAGAAUGGAAUUGAAAAAAAGGUUGCAGUGUAAGUCAUUUGAUUGGUAUUUAACUGAAAUUUAUCCAGAAAAGUUUAUAUUUGACAAGAAUGUGUUAGCAUAUGGAUCUGUAAAAAAUCCUCUGUCUAAACUAUGCCUUGAUACUUUAAAUCGUGAUGAAGAUAAGUCUGAGGCUCUUGGUUAUUAUGAGUGUUUAGGUAGUCAGCUACCAGAGCAAAUGAAUUUAAUCACAAAUCAAUUAUUAUCUUUAACAAAGGAUGGGGAACUACGGAUUGAAGAAAAUUGUGCUGAGUUAAAUGAUGAUAUAGAUGAAGAUAGUGAAGAACUUCCGGUGAUUAUGACAAAAUGCCAUGGAAAGGCAGGAAAUCAAAAAUGGGCCCAUAAAAUAGGUGGUCCUAUCGUUCAUGUAAAAACUGGGAGAUGCAUUGAUGUUAGCCGCAAGAAGUCCAGUGAAGAUGUGGUAGCUCGAAUGUGCAAUGGUGGACAUUACCAAAUUUGGUGGUUUGAGAAUUAUCUUAAAGAGCCACAUAUUCAAAUAGAGUAUAGUCCAAUACAUAAAGUAUCAGUUGUACCAUAUUUGUGAUGAAUGUUACUGUUGAUUUUAUAAAAUAUCUAUUUUUUGGGUCGGGAUAUAAAAACUACAAAUAUAUGUCAUGGAAGCGUAAUGCUUGUGCCUUUUUUUAAUGUGAUGUCAAAAAAAAAAAGUUUCUGAGCGUGCAAUUUUAUUUUAUUUAUGUCCUUUUUUUGUGGUGGUAUUAAAAUUAUUUUUUUAAACUAUUUUAUAUGUUGCUUCAGUUUUUUAAAUUUUUUUAAUGUCUUUUGUAAUCAGUGCGAUGAUGAAUUUUUUUGUUUGUUCUGUGAAUUAAUUGAUAGAUUUUCACGGAUGAUGCCACGAAUUAAUUUUUAAUCUAUCCAGUGUUUUAUUUAUUUAUUUUAUCUGUUUCUUAAAACGAUAACUUUCAUUUUUCUAUUGUAAAUAAAAUUUCAGGGAUACCACAAAUGUAAUUCAUAUCUUAACUUCUAUUUAAAGUAAUUGUAAAACUCAAUGAAUAAGCUGAAUUAAGUCUUAGAAAAA